AGAAUUUGACCAAAUGGUACGUACGAUCCACUUCAAAUGGAAUGAAGAUGUUUGAUGUUACAUAAAUCUUCAGUACAGACUGAACAGAAAUGACAACAGCAGCUCGUCCAACAUUUGAACCGGCCAGAGGUGGUAGAGGGAAAAAUGAAGGGGAUCUCAGUGCCCUAUCCAAACAGUAUUCAAGUCGAGAUUUACCAGCGCACACCAAAAUCAAAUACAGGCAGGAAGGACAAGGUACAACAGAGGAACUUAGAGGCCGUGAUUUCAGAAGAGAUUUAGAUGAGAGGGAAAGAACUGUCAGAGAAAAAAGAGAUAGAAACAGGGAAUCAGGCAGCAGUAAGAGGCCUCGCCUAGAUCAGGUUCCUGCGGCUAAUUUAGAUGCAGAUGACCCAGUCGAUGAAGAGGAUGAGGAUGAGUCUUCUGAUGAUGAAGAUGACACCGCUGAGUUAAUGGCCGAACUCCAGAAAAUCAAGAAGGAACGAGCCAAUGAAAAAGCAAGAAUGGAUGCAGAGAAGAAAGCAGAGGAAGAGAGAAUUAGAACCGAGAACAUUCUGAAGGGGAAUCCCCUACUAAACCAGCAGGAGAAAAAUGCCACAGAUUUCAAAGUCAAGCGAAGGUGGGACGAUGAUGUUGUGUUUAAGAACUGUGCUAAAGGAGAAGACGAUAAAAAAAAGAGUGCAUUCAUUAAUGACACCUUGAGAUCAGAAUUCCACAAAAAAUUCAUGGAGAAAUAUGUAAAAUAAAUCGACUCUCACUGUGGAUAAGAAGGCUAAAGAAACAAAGUUAAAGUAACAAAGUGCAGCAGCUGAUUUAGCUCUGGGAUUGUUAGUGAGGUCCUCUUUGAUUGGCUAGUGAAUUUUAUGUAUGUCAAAAUAGAGUAACCGGGAACUGGAGGACUACGAACAUGUCCCAUUGCUUAAAGGAACACAGAAGACUAUAAUACACACUUGUGAAAGAUGGUCUCUUUUGGUUAAUAUAUAUUACUCUAUCAAUAUGAAAUGUAUAGACACAAUUAAUUUCUUGUCUUACAUGUAUGUGAUGAAAGUAGCAAAUAAGUUUUAGGACCCACUCAAGGCAGUUCUUUCAAGCAAACUGUGUGCAAGCAAUAAUUUGGGAAAUUUCCAUUUUUAUUCCAUAUUAUCAAAACAAAAUUUUGCUGUUAAAAGUGUAUUUCUAUUUUGUCACAAGUUU